UUUGUUCUUUGAUUUCUUGCAAUUGAACUGGUCUCCCUUGUUUAUUUCAUUUUUUUUUUUUCUCUUUUGGUUUUAAAUUAUAGUUUCCUGAACUGGCGUCUCCCUUUUUUAUAUCAUUUUUUUUAAUUAUAGUUUCCUAAACUGGUCUCUCCCUUGUUUAUUUCAAUUUUUUCUUUCAAAUUAUAGUUUCCCGGGAAGACAUUUUGUGGGUAGGGUUUAGUUCUUAUGUAGUUGCCAUGCGUUGUAGCAGAGAGCGAUUCUACUUAAGCAUGUGGCCUUGUCAUUUCUCAAAAAGAAAGAAAUGGGUGAUUGACUGAAAAUCAAAUUAAUGGAUGGUUGAUGUUUUUUCAGGCAUUCAGUUCGGAUUGUGUUUUUGGAGAAGAAAUUUGAUUUGUUUUUUGACAUUUUGAUUUUGAGGUGUUUUAAUUUAUUGAGUUUGAUGUUGGGAUGAUUGGUGAUUUUCUAUUUGUGCUCUCAUGAUAAUAAUCAAGUUUUCUAGUUAGGUCUCCUCUGGGUACAGCUCUUUGUUUUUGCCUAUAGCUCAAGGAAGAAGCCAUAACUCUUAAAGGGCAAUAUUGAUACUAUAACAUAAAUAGUUUCCUGUAUAAGCUAAAGUAAAGCUUCUAUGAGAAAUUAGCAUUUUCCUGGAUUUCAUAUUAAGAAGCUUUUAACUCUUUUGAAGAGAAUUAGUUAAGCUUUUGUUCAGUUUAAAAAAGAGUUUUUGGCUUUUCAUGAGCCAAUCCAAACAAGGAAUUAAUUCAGUUGUUUUGCCUGUGGGCUAAUUUACUAGUACAAUGAGGAGUGAGGACUAGUGCAUUAAGGGUAAGAUAUAAAGAUUUAUUAGGUUAAAUGAUUUACCCAAUUGUUAGAAUGAUAAUUACAUAUCAAAACAAACUGCAAAGCAUUUUGUUUUCUUUGUUCAGGAAGCUGCAGUGAUUUAUGAAUAAUUAAUAUAUUACAUUUUCUUUUUCCAUAUUUGUGAUAAUACGUAUUUAUCAUCCUUUGGCAUCGACCAUCUCCAUUCCCAUUAUGUAUUUUAUUUCAUCCCAAGUGCUAUUUUCAUUGAACCUAAUCUAACAGCAGUUGUUUCUUUUAGUAAAAGUACAAUCUUAAAUCAUUAAGCUGUGUAGUAAUCAUGGUUUCAAGGAUUCUUUUUAUUCAGAGUGUGAGGCCUCCUCAGUUCAACUCAAUAUUGGUGAUAUGACUCUAUAUCAAUUACUAUCCUUCUAAUCCAAUAGGUUAAUCCAUCUUUUUUGUUCCCUUAUCAUAUGCAAAAAGAAUUUGCAUGAGCAAUUAUUACUGCAUUACAGGAACACCUGAUUUAGUAGAUUGCUUUUGUUAUAGAAUGCAGAGACCAGGGUGAACAGGAAGGAUCAAAUAUGUGGUUGUUUCAUGUGUGCCAGCCAGCAAUGGUUGUCUGAUGCAUUUUAAUUAGAAAUGGAUUUAACAAGACACAGCCUGGAGGUUUCUGGAGUUACUGGUGAUUGUUGCUCAUCUCUCAACCUUCCAUUAUUAAAACAGAACAAAGAGAGCAGAAUGAGGCAGGUCCAGCUUGCGUCACAUACUGUAAGGUCCCAUGGAUACACAGUUGCAAGGACACACAUGCAUGACUGGCUGAUACUGAUUCUUCUUCUAGUCAUGGUGAUUGUUCUGAAUGCCAUCCACCCAUUUUAUCGCUUUGUUGGAAAGGAUAUGAUGGUCGAUCUUAAAUAUCCUUUUAAGAAUAACACCGUGCCAAUUUGGGCUGUUCCGUUGUAUUCAGUUCUGUUGCCUAUAACCAUUUUUCUCAUCAUCUAUUUUCGUAGGAGAGAUGUCUAUGAUCUUCAUCAUGCCAUCCUAGGCCUGUUAUUCUCUGUUCUGGUAACAGUGGUUAUUACUGAUGCAAUAAAAAAUGCAGUUGGUCGACCUCGACCAGACUUCUUUUGGCGUUGUUUUCCUGAUGGGAAGGAUGUUUAUGAUCGGUGGGGAAAUGUUAUAUGUCAUGGUGAGAAGGAUACCAUAAAGGAUGGGCAUAAGAGUUUCCCAAGUGGGCAUACUGCAUGGUCUUUCUCUGGCCUGGGGUUUCUAUCAUUGUACUUAUCUGGAAAAAUACGAGCAUUUGACAAUAGAGGCCAUGUUGCAAAACUUUGCAUUGUGUUUCUUCCCCUACUUGUUGCAACUCUUGUUGGCAUUUCUCGAGUGGAUGACUAUAGGCACCACUGGCAGGAUGUUUUUGCUGGAGGUCUGCUAGGACUGGUUGUGGCUACAUUUUUCUAUUUGCAUUUUUUCCCACCCCCAUAUCAUGCUGAAGGUUGGGGACCUUAUGCUUAUUUCCGGACCUUGGAGGAGUCGCGUGCACAAACACAAGCAGCUAAUGCUGUGAAUGUGCAGGAUGUGGAGGCUCAGGUUGAGAACCAACAGGAUGAAAGAAACAGAAAUACAUUUACUGGGUUAUCUUUGGCACAUGAUUCUAGUUCGAGACAAGAAGAAAAUGGGUAGGAGGUCAUCUUGUUUAUUUAUCUAUUUGAAGCUCUACAGUGUACUGCAACUACGUGAGGCAUAUAUAUAUAUAUGUCCAUGCAUACGCUAAUUUUGUCUGGCUGCACCUUCUCAAAGCUGAGGUUCCAUACUUCAGUUACUUUGUAGUUUAGAUGUACAGAGAUAUGAUGCAUCCUUGAAAAAGACUAGUUGAGAACUGGGAUGCCUUUUCCUAAGCAGCGUUGCGAAUGUAUAUUGUGAUCAAACUACUAAUAAAGGCUGAUAAAUUCUUCCCCUUCAAAA